AUGCGGAACACCAUGCGCGAAUGCGAAACACUGCCUCCACAAGCUACUCGAUCACGGUCCACUUCAUGCUAUCGCAAUGAACAAAAACGCGUGGACCUGCAGCCUUCUCUUCCUUCUUCGCAGACGCGAUCUCCUUCACGCAUUCACGGUGGAACAUGUGAGCUCGAAAAUGACAUAGCAAGCGCUCCCUACAAUGCAAUGAUCACGGCCGGAAAUCAAGCAUUUUUUAAGCAAGGUGCUGGAUGUGGUGCAUGGAAUCCAAUAACAGUAACCCUUACAGAUGAGUGCCCAGGAGUAUGCAAUAAUGAUCCGGUUCACUUUGAUAUAAGUGGAAUUACCUUUGAAAAAUUGGUAAAGUCUGGCAAAGCUUCACAAUUAUAUAAUGCAGGAAGAAUCUUGAUUUUUUACCGAAGGGUAGCAUGCAAUUACAACACAAAUAUCAUAUUUAUGGCGAAAAAAUGUUCCAAUCCUAAUUUCUUCGCAGUUACAUCUGAAGCAGUAGAUGGCGAUGGUGACCUUUCUUUAGUUGAAAUACAAACAAGCAAUUCGAGUUGGGUACCAAUGCAGCGAAUGAUUGGGGCAAUUUGGAGUGUUGGCAUACAACCAAACACACAGAAACCUCCUUUUUCGCUCAGACUUACUUCAAAAACAAAUCAGAGUGUCACUGCCCUAAAUGUUCCAAACGGUGCGUGCUCACAAAAACGUGAAGCUGGUCGCAGAAGCGACAUGGGGAAAGCUGGCUGGGGAGGCUUCGCAGAAGCUGUUCUACAGUCGCAGAAGCGCAAUCGUAAGUGCGACACUGGUCAUCGCAGAAGCGGCCACUAG